CAGUUUAUCUCAAGAUACGCAGGAGAUAGUUUAUAGAAAUGAGGUCUCUUCACAUCGUACCGGUACUUUGGAUUUUGUGCAUUUCACUUCUAAACGCUCAAGAUUUUGAUAUUGGUCUGUGUGAGAGCCGGGGGUUUGAUUGGAGACAUAAUCAGCAUAACUAUCUUUACUCAGGCAGUAUACAGGAUGAAGGCGCAGAUUGGAACAGUGCCAGGGAUUAUUGUAGACAAAGAUGUAUGGAUCUCGUAUCAAUUAACUCAGAACCUGAAUGGAGGGUUAUCAGAAAACAUCUGAAGCAGUUGAAUGUAUCCGCUAUCUGGAGUUCUGGACAUCUUUGUACAAAACAAGUUUCCAAUAGAUGUUUCACGGAGCCUGAUCUUCAACCGCGUAUAGUCUAUGCUUGGUUCUGGGCAGGAUCUGGACACAGGAUACCCCCCACCAAUUCUACUGCACCAGGCUGGUCAUAUUCACCUUGGGGUAAAUACGGAUCUUUGAAGGAGGCAGAAAGCAGACAGCCUGACAAUGCGGAGCAAUUAUCGAAUCUUGGCAGAGGAGAAGAGGAGGCCUGUCUAGCUUUAUUAUACUCCAGUCUUGAAUCUGCAUAUGUUUGGGAGGAUUACAGCUGCUACCCUAAGCUUCAAUGGUUGUGUGAGGAUAGUGAGGACCUGUUGCUAGAGGCUGGAAUAAAUAAACCUAUUAUUUUUGGUUAAACGUUUAUUAUAUGCAAAAUAAAAAAUGUAUGAAAAUAUAAAGCAUUGCAAAAAGA